UUGGCCACGCGCAGGAGAUAUUCUUCGGUUCCAACAAUUUUUGGCACAAAAGGCUUCGCUGGACUCUCCUUAAGGAGAGCCUCAGCACACUGGGGGGAGGGGGCACUAUUCAUCUUCUUCCUCACCCACUCUCAUUCUCUCCUAUGGGUAAGCAACUCCCUCAUCUCCUUCUCAACCUCUCUCGCAGCAUCAUAGCAACCCUCAUCACUCGAGCUCAUCUCUAUGGCCACCAUUGCAGCCAUCCUCCCCACCUUCACGAAAAAGCCGAAUGACCUCACCUGAAUACAUUCUCCAUUUCUCUCUUCUCACUGAUCAUCAACCUCUCCCGGCUUCCAUCUUCAUCUCCUCCAUCUCCCUUCUCUCGGUCCUCCCAUCUCGACCCUCUCAGUUUCACCUCAACACCAACCUUCCACCUCACCGUCCCACAGCAAUCACCCCUCUGUAGCUCCAUUUUCACUAGCCUUCCAAAAAUCUGCAGAGCCUCCAUCCUCUCCGACCACCAUCUUCACAACCACGACCACACCAGAACAUGAUCCAACAUCCCUCACUCACCCAUAGCCCCCACGACUAGCAUGAGCAGCCACUAGCUCCUCACCAUCACCGGCUACUAAUAGCCCCGUAAACUUACCAUCACCACCACUCGAACCAUUGUCUCCGCCCUCCUUGGAAACCCAACUCCUCCCUGACCCUCUCGGUUCCAUCCAAGCACAAGCUACCCUCCAACAACCACCACGGUAAAUAUCUCUCAACUGAGUUCUCUCAUUUUUUCCGUUCCCUAAUCUUCUUUUCAUUCACCUCCGACCUCAACAUCAUCGCCCAUGUCCUAUCUCUCGCUGGCCCAACCGUGAACACCACCACAGAGCUCCAUAACUCCAGCCAUUCCCCAUCGCUCCGAUUAUCCUUCACGGCCAUUAAAAAUAAAAUUAGAGUAGUCAAAGCCAUUCCUACAUACCCGACGUGGCCGAACCCAACCAGCCCUCUCUGCCAAUCCCCUUCCUCUCCCUCACACCAGCGUGGCCAACCGUAGAGCAUCUUCAUCCACCCCACUGAUAGUGUUCUCUUUUCUCCCAACCUCUCUCGACUUCCACCUUCAUCUCCACCAUCUCCUUGUUCACCCCGUGACCACCUGCAAGCUUCAAUGCCACCAACUCGCAGUGCUAGAAUCUAUUCAACCAGCAGCUUGGCCAGGUUGUGUCUAUUGGGGUUUGUAGGUAUUUGAGCGCUUAACGAUUGCUCGAUUUUGGCUAUAUGAACCACAGCCACCCACGCACCAGUCGAGGGGGUCUUCAUACACAUAGAUCCACAACCACCCACGCACCAGUCGAGGGGAUCUCCAUACGCACAGAUCCUCAGCCACCCUCGGCACUUCCCAUUUCUCUCUAUCUCUCAUCCAUACACAGAGACUGCUCUCCUAGGUGAUCCAGGUAGGCGAGCAGACCAGGCUCGUAGAUAGAGGGGCUUCAGUAGUGCCCUAUCAGUGAAGCUGUAGAUAUGCCCCAAAAAUUGAAGGAGCGUGAUUUUGCUGGCACCCCAUACGUUCCUGUGUAUGUGAUGCUACCUCUGGGUGUCAUCAAUAUGAAGUGUGAGCUUGUUGAUCCAGAAGGGCUGCUAAAUCAGCUGAGGAUCUUGAAGUUAGUUAAUGUUGAUGGUAUUAUGGUUGACUGUUGGUGGGGAGUAGUGGAGGCACAUUCCCCGCAGGUAUAUAAUUGGAGUGGGUACAAAAAGCUUUUUCAGAUUGUACGAGACCUGAAUCUUAAGUUGCAGGUUGUUAUGUCAUUUCAUGAAUGUGGAGGCAAUGUUGGGGAUGAUGUACAUAUUCCACUUCCUGAAUGGGUGAUGGAAAUUGGUCAAAGAAAUCCUGACAUAUUUUUCACAGAUAGAGAAGGAAGACGAAAUUUUGAAUGCCUUACGUGGGGAAUUGAUAAGGAACGGGUUUUAAGAGGUCGAACAGCUGUUGAGGUUUACUUCGACUAUAUGAGAAGUUUCCGAGUAGAAUUUGAUGAAUUCUUUGAGGAUGGAAUCAUCUCUGAGAUAGAAAUUGGGCUAGGUCCAUGUGGAGAGCUAAGAUACCCCUCUUAUCCUGCGAAGCAUGGGUGGAGAUAUCCUGGUAUUGGGGAAUUCCAGUGUUAUGAUCAGUACCUGUUGAACAGUCUGAGAAAAGCAGCUCAUGCCAGGGGUCACACAUUUUGGGGUAGAGGACCAGAUAAUGCAGGUUCUUAUAAUUCCCCACCGCAUGAAACAGGAUUCUUUUGUGAUGGAGGUGAUUAUGAUAGCUAUUAUGGCAGAUUUUUCCUCAAUUGGUACUCCCAGGUCUUGGUGGACCAUGGUGAUCGUGUACUUGCUCUGGCCAAUUUAGCUUUCGAAGACACUUCCAUUGCAGCAAAGCUAUCAGGUAUACACUGGUGGUACAAGACGGCUAGCCAUGCUGCUGAGUUGACUGCUGGGUUUUACAACCCAUGCAAUCGUGAUGGCUAUGCUGCAAUUGCUGCAAUGCUAAAGAAGCAUAUGACUGCUUUAAAUUUCACAUGUGUUGAGUUACGCACAUUAGACCAGCAUGAGGACUUUCCGGAGGCCCUGGCAGACCCUGAGGGAUUAGUUUGGCAGGUGCUGAAUGCAGCAUGGGAUGUUUCCAUCCCAGUGGCUAGUGAGAAUGCUUUACCAUGCCAUGAUAGAGAAGGAUAUAACAAGAUACUGGAAAAUGCGAAGCCCUUCAAUGAUCCAGAUGGGAGGCAUCUAUCUGCUUUCACAUACCUCAGGCUCAACCGAAUCCUCAUGGAGACCCACAACUUCAUUGAGUUUGAACGAUUUGUGAAGAGAAUGCAUGGGGAAUCAGUCUCAGAUCUAGAUCUGUCACCAGAAUGAGGUCUGUUGGUGAUGGAUGGCUCACAGCCUUGGAGAAACCUAUUGCUGAGCUUUGGAUCCAUGUUCAUCAACUGUAAGACAUUACAACUUUACCAUCCUAUGGUGGGGAGAUAUAUUAUCUUUGUAACUCUGGUGUUUGAUCGCAGUGAGGUUAAUUACUGGUGCAGAAACAUUAAGGUAUUUGACAAGCUUCUUUUCAUAUUGAUUGAAGAGAACAGAAGAAAAAGUUAACUGGAAAUGAUGAACUCUAGUAUCUUAAAGAUGAGAUGGUAUUUUAAAUUGCCAGCUUCAAUGCUCCAAGAAUGAUGAUUCCAUCUGUUUCAGUAGAAAUUUUUGUUAAACAAGCUCUACAUUCAAGUGAAUGCAUAGCCAGCUCUGGAAAUUAUGGUUUGUUCCAUUGCAAGCUUUUCUCAUACUUCAAACUCAUUGUCAAUCUAAAGGAAAAUUAAAUUUAAGAGUUGAGUGAAAUAUAUUGCCAUUUAUUCUUGUUUGACUAAAA